CCUAUACACUUCACAUUUGGACGCCACCUAACUCUAUACUAUCAAAAUUCAUAAUAAAAAUUUAAAGCAUUCUACAUCCAGUUAACACACAGGCGGUCAUUUGGUCGCGUUUCGGCCCUAAAUUAUUGUUGUUCGUUGAUUUAAAGUUGCAUCGAUGGCCGGAAAGUUGAAAAUAUGCAUCAUUGGGGCUGAGGGCUGGGGCUCGGCCAUUGCCGCCGUCGUGAGCAACAAUGUCUUGGAGGGAGACUUCGACAGCCGGGUGCAUUUAUAUGUCUACGACGAAAUGAUUGGGGACACUGCUUUAUCGGAGAUCAUAAACACUCGUCACGAGAAUGUCAAGUAUCUGCCUGGGAUCAAGCUGCCCAAUAACCUGAUCGCUGUGAAUGAUCUUUUGGAAGCUGCCCAGAACGCAGAUAUUUUGGUAUUUUCCACCCCGCUGGAGUUCGUGCAAUCCUACUGCAACAUUCUGUCUGGUAAUGUUAAGGAGUCGGCCUUUGCUGUUUCCAUGACCAAAGGAUUGUUGAGCGAGAAUGGCGAGGGGAUUGAGCUUGUAUCGCACGCAAUUAGCGAGAGUCUGGAUAUCCCGUGCUACUCUAUGAUGUCCGCACAUAGUGCCAUGGAGAUGGCUCAGGGAAAGCUGUGUGAGGUGACCAUCGGUUGCAGCGAUAAUUCUCAUUCCAAGCUGCUGAUCGCUGCUAUGCAAACCAAUAACUGCAGAGUUAUUUCUGUUAAUGACGUUGACGGGGUGGAGCUGUGUGGAACGCUCACAGACGUCGUUGCAUUGGGAGCGGGUUUCAUAGAUGGUCUGGGUCUGGGUGAGAACGCACGGUUGGCAGCUGUUCACUUGGGUGUUAAGGAAAUUAUGCGGUUUAUUAAGACGUUCUUUCCCUCGUCCAAAAUGUCCACAUUCUAUGAGAGCUGUGGCGUGGCAAACGCGGUUGCUUCCAGCUUAGUCGAUAAAAACGUCACAUUUGCAAAGAGCCUCAUAACAUCAGGCCAAACCAUUGAAGAAAUAGAAGCAAACCUCCACAGUGGCCGCAAGCUUUUGGGCCCCAUGGUGGCCAGUAAUGUGAAUGCAUUUUUGGAGAAUGGGCUUAUGCAACACGAAUUUCCGCUUUUCACGGCCAUCCAUCUUAUAUGCCAAGGCGAGGCUCCGCCGGAACUGAUGGUAGAAGCACUGAGAAACCACCCGGAUCUAAGCAGUUCAUCCAUUUCACAUUUACUGAAACAUGAAAAGGACGAUCUAAAAACGGACCAAGGCCUGCCCGAACUUAGGACUGCUUUAGAUAGGAUAUUGGCCGAGGCGGGGAACGAAAACUUUAAGCAACUCAAGGUUAUGGACGACUGGACAGAAGUAAACGAUUACGACGUCGAGGAGACGUACCAUGAAAAAGUGGCGUCACGGGAAUCAUGUCUUGAGACCGAAAUUAUGCCAAGCCGUCUGAGUGUGCAAGCUGCACGGCUCUAUAAUGACAUACGGGAGGGUAAUGUUGGGGUGGCCUUUAAAAUGGACAUCGAUGAAGGCAAUCGCCAAGUGCGGCUCUUGCUAGAGAAAGACGAAAUGGCUAGCGAUGCAGCCAUGACAGUAAUUUCAUCAAGAUUGUCUGCAGGCCAAGAGGAUGACAAUGUCAGGAUGGGCCAUGGACACAUAACGAACACUUCCGCGGAAUCCGAUCAUAUGGCCAGCAAAGGCAUUCCCAGUGGCUUGACUACGAAGGAUUCGCCUGAUGUCCUGGAUCUGAGUUGCGAAUCCGAGCCACUGCAUUCGUCAAAACAAAAUAGCCAGCAGAUGGAAGAUGCGGAGACAAAUUUCACGGAGCGUUUAAAAGUGAAUCAACUGAAAGAGCAGAUUGAUAAACAAGAAGCGGACAAUUUUAAAGCACAAGAAAAUCUUAUAAAAUCUAUCAGACAAACAAUUCAAGCUCUCGGUGAUAAAGAAAAAAUGGAAAACUUAAUCGCAAAAAGCAAAAUGGAGGAGGACCCCUUCCAACUGAAAAGCCAAGUUGAAGGAGAGUCUUCGCAACUGAAAAGCCAAGUUGAAGGGGAGUCUUCGCAACUGAAAAGCCAAGUUGAAGGGGGGGAGUCUUUGCAACUGAAAAGCCAAAUGGAAGAAGAAGCUUAUGAACCAAGAAGUCAAACAGAGAAGGAACCAUCCCAAAUUAGAAGCCAACUAGAUGAGGAAUCUGCUAAACUAAAAAGCCUAAUGGACGAAGAAAAUAGGCAGCUUGAAAGUGAAAUGCAAGACGAGAGAAGCCUAUGGAAAAGUUCGGCAGAUAAAUCUGAAUUUGUUGGAUACAACGCGGAGGAAGAGCAAACCAUUGAAGAAGCAACAGAUAACCAUCAGUAUAAAUUAAGAUCAGAUUCUAAUAAGCUUAAAAAACUUAUGUUCACCGAUUCCGGGGAGCCCUUGGAGUCCGAGAAGCACAUUGAAAUGAAACUUCACGACGAAAACGACUUUGAUCUGGAUGAGGAGCCAGCUAUAGGAAAAAAAGACCGUACUUAUACCAAAGAGAACUUGGAGCUCGAGGAGAUGCUCGAGUGGCAAAAACUAAAGCAAACAGAUAAACCCCACCAUCUUUAUUCUUCAGCGGAACUGGAAGAUUCAACUACCAUUGAAGGGAACUCCAGGCUUCCGAUAGAGCAUGACGAUAGAUUCCAGAAUGUGGAUACCUAUCAGGAUAGAGAACUCGUUCAAGUAAGGGCUGAGAAUAAAGAGUUUAGCGGAGCCGAGAGCGAAAAUAUCAACUUAAUUAGCGAGCAAAGGCCGAAUCAAAACCAAGAUGAGGUUAACUUGCGCCCCCACAGCGAUAUCAAGACCGGAGAAACUGGCCACCACGAGUGGGAUUGGCUAAUGAACAAUGAAAAGAUCGAUUCCGACGAGAAGAAGUUUUAUGCCAACGAGCGGAUGGAAACACUUAGCGAAUCUGACCAGGAUAAGCUGCAGAAUCUUAACUAUCAACUAAAGGAAGCCUUGCAACAUGAUUUGGAUGUGAUGUCCGCAAGCAGGAGUAACGAAUCAAAUGAGGUGCUGUCUGAGGAGGACUCCAAUCCAGAAGCUGCUAAGAAAAUCACGGAGCAACCAAAUAACCCCACUCCAAACCAAAUUCCCGCAGUCCCCUUGCCAGUAACAAUGCCUAGUAAACAAUCUCAUAUCCGUGAAGGCAGUCCACAGUUCCAGAAUCAACCUAAAUCUGUUCCACCACCCUCGCCACAAACAAAACCACAGUCGCCCAAGGAACAGCAGCCUCGCCGCACAAAUGCACCCGUCGAAUUUGGGAACAAGGACGAAGCCAUGGACCCAAAUGAGUCAGCAUCUGAUCAAGAAGUCCCUAUGCGUAAAAAGAUAUCAAAAACUGAGGCCGUGAUUGAACCAGUCGCUAGGGAUGUCUCCAUGGCCGAGCCAAAUGAGUCUUUACAUUCUAAGAAGGAAUCUUCACCAGCUAGUCUAAGUAAGCAGGAAAGCAAAAGGAAGCAAAAAAUAGGCUUAAGGAAGCCAUCUAGUGAUUCAGAUAGCGUUAAGACAACGAGCGAAUUCGAGAAGCAACGUCAGAUUAUAGAAAACCAGAAGGCACAGCUGGAAAGAAUGGGUAAGAAGAUCAGCGUUAUGCGAAGAGGUCAGGAUCGUCGCGUUAGCUACAAGGGUCAUAACCCAUACAGCUCUGACCCAGACCUGGAGUCUAGGCCACCGAUGGACACCAGCUUCGAAAAGGACAGAACGGGGGAUUACCAGGGACUGGGCCAUCAGCGUCGCAAAGUAGUCGUGGCGCCGCCCUUCCAUCCGCCUAUCAAUCCACGAGUACGCGUGCCACGACCACCUUUCGAUGGACGGGAUCAUGAAUUCCACACUAUGACUACCGCGCCAGUGGACAGACACCUUGCUCCGGCAGCUAAGUGGUCGUCUAUGCCCACGACUCUGAAGCUGAAUCGCAACUCACUGGUUGCCAACAUACAGGUCAAGCACUUUGCCGCUCUACCCAGUCAGGCGAUGCCGAAACCCAUUUUGAAGAUGCCGAUGGGAGUGCCACGCACGAUUCUCUGCGCCUUGCAGUUGGGAUUGCUGGCCUCCUACCUCGCUUGCAGGAAGGACUAAUCCCUAGACUAGUAGCUCGGCUUUUCGAUUCCCCCAAUAGAAGCAUGAUCAGCUCUAAUGAAUAUAGAAUACUUUACUUUUUAAAAAAAUAAAUGGUGUUAGAUUCAAUCUAAAUAAAGGGUGUUAGAAUUCA